CAGCUGUAGCCAGCGCCCAGCGCCAGCACUCAGCCUGCAGCCAGUGUGUUGUUUGAAGUCGUAGGUUGAGGUGUACGUCAUAGAGAAUGUGACCGGUGAGAAAAUGGAAUCUGGCAACGAUAGUGAGUUCGAAGAAGCUUUUGAUGAAGCAGUUGGUGAAAUUGUUAUGAUUCUAAGUGAGGAGUUGAGAGAAAUUGCCAACCAAGAUAGAGUGUGGGUGAAAGACUGGGCAGGACGAAGAGAUAACGCCCGAGCAUCAACCACUUCCUUUCUUGAACAGUCGACGGAAGAUAUUCCGGCAUAUGAGAAACACUUGAGAAUAUCUACCGAACAAUUUAAUGAGCUUUUGAACAUAAUUGAGCCACAAAUAACGAAGAAAGAUACUAUUAUGAGAAAUGCAAUAACUCCCAAAGAGAAACUAGAGGUCACGUUGCGGUAUUUGGCUACUGGUGAUAGUUUUCAGUUCCUAGCUUUAUUGUUUUGCGUUUCAGCCGCCGCAAUUUCUAAAUUUAUUCCUGAAGUUCUGCUAGCAAUCAUAAAUGGAUUGCAACACUACCUAAAGGUUCCCAAAACUGUAGAUGAGUGGAGACAAGUACAAAAAAGCUUCGAAAUGACAUGGAAUUUCCCGAAUUGCUGCGGUGCACUGGACGGUAGGCACAUCGCCCUCAGACGCCCGCCCGAUGGUCGCGCAGAACUUUUCAAAUACAGAGGGCGCUACAGUGUUGUACUGCUGGCUUUGGUUGACGCAGACAGUAAGUUCCUCUAUGUAGAAGUGGACACAAACGGGCGUGCUGAUGACAUGUGCGUGUUCCGAUCGUCUUCUCUGAAAACUGCUAUUAAAAACAACAGCCUCAACUUGCCUCCUGACCACGUCAUUAUAGCAGAUAACACGUUUCCCUUGACAACGAGUAUAAUGAAGCCAUUCUCAAAACGAGACUUCUCCGCAGUGGAGCGAAUUUUCAACUACCGCUUAUCAAGAGCUCGAAGAGUUGUGGAUAACGCGUUCGGCAUAUUGGCAGCUAGAUUUGAAGUAUUUCGAAAGGAAAUCGAACUUGAUGUAUCAACAACUGAUUUGAUAGUGCGAGCUGCAUGCACUAUUCACAACUGGCUGUGUACAGUAUCGCCAGAAACGUAUCUUGGGAAGGGAUGGGCCGACUUUGAAGACGCGGAAACAGGAGAGAUACAUCCGGGCCUUUGGCGCGAAACUGCAGUCGAGCUGCCGCCGCUGCGGACUAGCCGCGCAGUUUGUCCCUACACCAAGGAAGCUGCUAAAAAAAGGAAUAGUAUAGCGACUUACUUCAGCGAGGAAGGACAAGUUCCUUUCCAAAUGAGGGCAAUUGAAAUGUAAACAUCGUGGAAAAUAAUGCGUCACAACAAUUUUUGGUGUUUGCUAUGUUAUGUCUGACUGUUAAGGUACAUCCUUUCAGCAGCAGCAAGAAUAGUAUUUAGUUUUGAUUAUAAAUACGUUCAGCGUGUAAUACCGUUUGUUAUAGAAUUCUAUUAGCGUAAAUAAGUAACUCCAGUCAUAUUAAAUUUAAGCCAUGUAUAGGUACCAGCGUAAAACCCUGACGAGUAAGAUUUUCUAAAAUUUUGCGAUAAACGUAAUGGACAUGUAAUCUGCGUAACCAGAUUGUCGUGCGAAAAUAUCGCGCUCUCGUAAGCCUAACUCCCAGGAUAUCGACAUUUUUAAUCGGUUAGGAAUUGGCAGUGAUUGAUUGUAUGAAGCAGGCAAUUUCUGAUCGAAGCAUUUAGGUAGUGCGCACAAUAAACGAAAUGAUUCAUUGCAGUCCUUCAGCUUGGAAGUUGUCUUCCUAUUAUUGCAUGUCAAAUGUUUGAGUUAAUUUUAUUUGGGAUUUAUGUGAACUUCCUCUAUUUCAAUGUAUGAGAAUAUGCAUUCAAAAAUUCAUCUUAUGGAAGUUGUACCUGACUAUACUAAAAAAAAAACAGUAAUGAAGUCACGAGA